AUGACGACGACGACGAGUCGUGAUGAAGCAAGCAAACCACACGCUAGCUCUAGCUGUGGAUCAGAUGGGCCACGAGAGGCCCACCCCACCACCCUUCAGUCCUCCAGCCCACGACGAGACGAGCCAAACCAAGUCAACAAGUGGGACCCAGGCAGCCACCCCAAACCGCCUCGAAUCGAAGCUUCUCUCCCCUUCCGCUCCGCCGCCCAAUCUCACCGCCGCCUCUCCCCAAACCCUAGCGGCGAUCCGAUCCAAGGCCACCCGCCGCCGCCUCCGCCUCCGCCCGCCACGGGCCCAUCUUCGCUGCGCCGCCGCACCGCGCCGAUCUCCAACCCUAACGCCGCCGCCAUGGUCAUGGGGAAAGAACGCCGCGACUCCAGGACUCGCCCUCGCCGCCGUCUGCAGGGGCUCGUGAUUUCUUUUGAUCAUUACAGAGCAUGUUUUAGAGUAUAAGUUCUUUGAAAGAAUUGGGAAGUAUCUUUCUUUCCUGGCAUAUGUGGGGAAAGAUAUAUGGAAUCUUUUAUUUAUUGAGGUAUAUAAUUAGUAUAUGUCCCCCCUUUCAGAUGGAGGCAUUGCUAGCGGACUAUAAAACUCUUUUCAGAUUUCCACA